CUUCAACGUAGACUCAGUUCCCGGCGAGUUCGACUCGGUGAAAUAGCACUGAAAAGAUGGCGAGCGAGCUGAUCAACCGGCGACACGAGACGGAUCAACCCGCCGCGGAUGCGUACUACCCGAGACCUACCAAACCGUGGUUCUCCGUAACACGUCCGAUGCGUUACAUGCUCCGCGAACAGAGACUCCUCUUCGUCCUCGUCGGAAUCGCAAUCGCGUCUCUGGUCUUCACGAUCUUCCCUACCUCCACCAAACCCAUCUCCUACUCGGAUCCGCUCUCCGGUUUCGAGGAUUCGUACGUUCCGGCCUUCCAGGCCCAGAGGAGGCCCAGCAUCGAGUACAUGAGCCGGAUCGGGUCAACAGGCGGGAAGAUCCCGCUCGGUUUGAAACGCAAAGGGCUGAGAGUGGUGGUGACAGGUGGCGCGGGGUUCGUGGGAUCUCAUCUGGUGGAUCGGUUGAUUGAAAGAGGAGACACCGUGAUCGUUGUUGAUAAUUUCUUCACGGGGAGUAAAGAGAAUGUGAUGCAUCAUUUCGGUAACCCUAAUUUUGAACUUAUACGUCAUGAUGUUGUGGAGCCGAUUCUACUUGAGGUGGAUCAGAUCUAUCAUUUGGCUUGCCCUGCUUCUCCGGUUCAUUACAAGUUUAAUCCCGUCAAGACUAUUAAGACGAAUGUGGUUGGAACGUUGAACAUGCUUGGUUUGGCGAAGAGAGUCGGUGCUAGGUUUCUUCUGACGAGUACUAGUGAGGUUUACGGUGAUCCUCUCCAGCAUCCUCAGGUUGAGACUUACUGGGGCAACGUUAAUCCCAUCGGUGUUCGUAGUUGCUACGAUGAAGGAAAGCGUACGGCUGAGACGUUAGCCAUGGACUAUCACCGUGGAGCCAAUGUUGAGGUCAGGAUUGCUAGGAUCUUCAACACCUACGGUCCAAGAAUGUGUAUAGAUGAUGGGCGUGUGGUCAGCAACUUCGUUGCACAGGCACUAAGGAAAGAACCUUUGACUGUUUAUGGUGAUGGGAAGCAAACACGAAGUUUCCAGUUUGUUUCUGAUCUGGUUGAAGGUUUGAUGAGACUGAUGGAAGGAGAACACGUCGGGCCAUUUAACCUCGGUAAUCCUGGUGAAUUCACCAUGCUCGAGCUUGCUAAGGUGGUGCAAGAGACGAUUGAUCCAAACGCAAAGAUAGAGUUCAGACCAAACACGGAGGAUGACCCUCACAAGAGAAAGCCUGACAUCACAAAGGCCAAAGAGCUUUUAGGAUGGGAACCAAAGGUUUCUCUUCGUCAGGGACUCCCUCUCAUGGUCAAAGACUUCCGUCAACGUGUCUUUGGUGACCAGAAGGAAGGCUCCUCCGCGACUGCAACCACCACCAAAACAACCUCAGCUUGAGCAAACAGAGAUGCAAAGUAGCGGCCAUUGCGGUUGGUUAAUGGUGUAUACCCAAAAAUGCAAGGCAUUGCUUGCCGCUACAAGAGCUUCGUUUAUUAAAAUUAUUUUUGUUUUUGAUUUUUCUAUUUUGAUAUUAUAUUCGUGUAACGUAGAGUAAGACUUUGGUGACCUUUACUAUAUUCAUGGACCUCACUACAAUCUUUUGCAAUUACA